AUGCGGUUUAAGCUAAUCUCCGUGGUCCUGGUCGGGCUCUUCGCCACCAGGGUUGUCUGCUCGGAACUCUCGGGUACGCAAGAAGUUCUAGAGACUAAUCGCUACCAACGCCCCGACACAGGUGUGGGCCAUUUCAGCGAAUGGAGCCGCCUGCAGAAGAAGCACUUCUGGGAAGACUGGCAGCGCGACAAAGCCUCAGAAUGGGUGCUCGUAAUGGGCAAUGAAGGUGGGGACCUGGACAGCAUCACUUCCGCCCUGGUCUGGGCCUAUCACUUGUCUCACUCUACGCAGAAUACCUCGGAACCUAUGAAGGCCGUGGCAUUACUGCAGACACCGUCUGAUCAGUUGGAUCUACGGCCCGAGAAUAAACUGGCUUUGAGUUAUGCUCAUAUGUCGAGUGAACAUCGGGACUUACUUAACGUUAAUGAGUUGCCUGAGGAUGUUGAGACGUUGAGUGAGAAGCUGAAGGGGAUUGUGCUUGUUGAUCAUCCUAAGCCUCUGAGGAGAUGGAGCGAUGCAAACAUCCUCAGCAUCUUCGAUCAUCACACUGACGUUGGAGCGGCAUCUGAUGCAUCACCCCGCGUAUUCGAGCAGGUGGCGAGUUGCACGACCCUUGUUGCGAGGCAAAUGCUUGAUGAGCUGGAGCAGUUGGACGAGGAGUACCACAUGCCGCAUGAGUUGCUGAAGCUGGUGCUCAGCGCUAUCGCUAUUGACUCGGAUGCCUUGAACCCGGCGAAGAGCAACAAGACCGACAAAGAAGUCUCGAAACGGAUCUUUGCACGCAGUCACUGGGCUCACAGACAUCUACAAGAGGUCAUGAACGAACUGGACGAGGAGCUAGGCGACGCAAAGAAAGACCUCGGAGCUCUCGGACUUCGGGAUUUGCUACGACGAGACUGGAAGGCUUCGUUCGUGGAUACGCCUUCGCCUCGCACACCUACAGUACAUCUCGGCUUCGCGUCCAUCCCCAUUUCAGUAGACGAACAGAUCAAACGCACAGAGUGGCAAGAAUUGUUCAACUGGUUUGCCGUUCAUGCUGCGUGGACGGCGGAAGCGAGUACCGAUAUCAGUGUCUCGAUGAGCAAGUGCAAGACCACGCAACCGAAGAUCGUGGGCAAGAAGAAGAAGAUUAGGGAGAUCACGCUGGUAGUGCGGGAUGAUAUUCGUGUGGACGAUGCGCAGGCGGAUGAGCUGUUUAAGGUGGCGUAUGACGCGAUUGUGAACGAUGAGCAGCUAGCUGUCAAGCCUUGGCAUGGUGCUGAUAAGUUGGGCAAGCGACAGAUGGUGUGGACGACUGAGUGCGAGUCUUGUUCGAGGAAGUAUGUUGCUCCGCUGGUUGAGAAGGCUGUUAAGGCUUGGAGUUGA